AUGGAACACCUAAUGACGGUCUACAUCGUGCUGGAGUCCGUACUGGCGGUGCUGGUAAUCGCGGUCAGCUUACUGGUUUGCGCCACGGUCUACCUGCAUAAAGAAGUGCGCUCGCUGACCAGCUGUCUGAUAGCGUGCCUGGCGGUGGCGGACCUCGGCGUGGGCGCUCUGGGGAUCCCUUUCACGGUGAUGCUGAGCCUGAGGCAGACUCUGUGCUUCUACACCUGUCUGUUCAUGGCGUGCUUCCCGCUGGUCACGGCCCAGUUCUCGGUUCUGGUGAUUCUGGUCAUCGCGGUGAAGACGCAUCUCAAGACACGACUGCCGAGCAGGUACCAGGUUCUGGUAAAUAUGCGGCGCCUGAUGGCUGUGGUCUUCCUGUGCUGGCUGGCCUCAGUCCUGGCCGGCUUCGCCCCGUUGAUGGGCUGGAACCUGCUGUGGAGCUUCAGGAAGGACCAGGGGAACCGCUCCACCCUGACCAUCUCGGACCUGUCGGAGCACUCCAUCAUCGCGCAGCACUUUCCUUACGGCGGCUUCCUCAGCAAGGUGUACGUGCGCCACCGGAGGAACCAGACCUACUCGCAAAUCCACGUCUCGCACCUCGGCCCCUGCUCCCAGGAAGCCGUGGUCAGCCCCGAAUACCUCGUCUACUUCCACUUCCUGGCCGGCACCCUGCUGCCCCUGACUGCCGCGCUGAUCCUGUACACAGACCUGUUCCUCGGGCAGGUCCGCGGGCAGCCACCCUCGCCGCAGGAACCCCACCCCCCUUAUAGAGAGGCAAAGAGGAGCGAGACGCGGACGGCCCGGACGCUCCUCCUCAUGCUGGUGCUGUUCUUGCUGUGCUGGCUGCCCCUGCACCUGACCGGCGUGGUGCAGCUCUUCCACCCAGCCUGGCGCCUCCCCUCCUGGCUUCCCCAGCUCACCGUGCUCCUCUCGCAUCUCAACUCGCUCGCCGGCCCGCUGCUCUACGCGGCGCGCAGGAGGGAGUUCGGAGCUGCCAUGCGCUCUGUGCUCUGGAGGGGAUUCUCCCGCGGACGCCCCAGGAAUAAGGUGUACCCCCGGGUGUAGCCUGACCCCAAUCCCCGAAACUAGUUCCAGGGAACCUCAGUACAAGGUAGAUGGGUGUAGGGAGUAAACUAGCUUUUCAGAUGGUUGUAUUGCAGUAGUAACCAAUACGUUGUGCAUUUAUAUUUGAUAAAGCCCCAAUUUAACUGAUGUAAUUGUUAUUGUAUCUCUCGGAGAUGCUAGGAAAUUGA